UGCUAGCGAACCGGAACCUACAACCGAACCUGAACCAGCGUCCACAGCUUCCGAGACCCACGCGAAAGCUUCCUCGAGCGACCAUUCGGCUCGUUUGGUGAUAUCGACUACGGAGCAAGAACCAAAGGCAGAACCCGAACCAACAUCGGAACCAGAACCCUCUAGCGAACCAGAACCGGCCAGUGAACCGGAACCGACCAGCGAACCGGAACCUGCUAGUGAGCCGGAGCCAUCUAGUGAGCCAGAACCGGCCAGUGAACCGGAGCCCACAAGUGAACCAGAGCCAACGAGCGAACCUGAGCCUGCUAGUGAACCUGAGCCCACGAGCGAACCGGAACCAGUUACAACGGCCACCGUGGAGAAGACUUCGGAAUCAGGCAAGCUUCUCAUAUCGACUACCGAACGGGAGCCAUCAACGACCUCUACCAGGAUCAUCUCGCCUACGACCGACGACUCGCAUCUUCCCGACUUUAUGUUCGUCGAUCAAGAGUCGAUGCUGAAGCACUCGAGCACCACCGAACCAAGCUCGACACCGAACAGUGUCGCGGUGUCCGUAACGGAGCAAUCAUCCAGCGAAACACCCGCUCCCGUAACGGAAACGAUCUUCGAUGACACACCCAUGCCGGAGACGUCGAAGCUGUUCGUCACACCCAAACCGACGACGACGACGACGACUACCACCCAACCGACCAAUGGGGUUGAAGGACGUUCCCUAUCCUCGAACCGAUCCGCGGAAAGUGAAGUAAGCAACACCGUUUACGCGACCUCCAGUCCGAUCUCACUGGAACAAUGGCGCUCAUCGACGAGCUUCUCCACGACGACGGAAUCGCUCAGCCCACUGCCACUGUCCACCAUCGAAACGUCCAGCAUACGCAACGGUGGUGGUUCGUACGCCGUCACUGAGACGGUACUGGAGGCCGAAACUGUGGCACCGAUACUGGCGAACCACAACGAAUCACCGUUCCUGCCGGAAACGGAAAACAAUGCCAGCCUGGUGAAGAUCCUGCACGAGGGUCUCGAUCGUCCUGAGACGUACGAGAUUGAGCAGCAGCCACAGCCACAGUUCCUCGACGUUGUCCCAUUGUCGAAGGAGAGCGAUCGGAAUGACUACAAGAAGCAGCUGAACGCGCACGUUACGGAAACGAUUUACAUUACGACCACCAUCCGCAGCCCAGUGCCGGUGACGGAAUCGCUUGAAGAGUUGCUCUCGGUGGCCAGCUCGAAGAACAUUGUGGAACAAACGACUCACUACAGUGGUAGCGACGAAGAACAACCGACUAGUACCGAGCGUGAAGCGGAGGAACCGACAACAAUGGCCGAGCAGCCGGUGCUAGUGUCCGUAAUCGGUUUGAAUGAUACGACACCAAUGCAAGAAGACAACACUGAAGCGGUACAGUCGACUACAAUUAGAGAUGAACUGCGUACAACCACUCUAGAGGAGGAACCGGAACAGACCACCGUGAUUCGAAUUGAACCGGUAACGUCCGAGAAAAUAGAGACCUCUUCACAAACAACAUCUUCCAGUAGCACUAGCAGUAGCAGCACGACAACUACCACUAGCACUACACCGGAGUCAACGUCAUCAACGUCUACCACUACCACACCAGCAGUUACCUCUUCAGUGCUUCAGGCCUCAACGGAGAUUCUCGAUCGGAUGACGGUGAUCGAGAAGGAUCUCAUUAGCCUCAAGGACAACGAUCUUGCCGACAAUAAUGAUAUCUCCGAUAAUGAGCUACUCGUGCUACCAUUAGAGCGCUCUAAGGAUCCUUCGACAACGCGAGCAACGACGGAACGCAUAGAUCCCACGCUGGUGGCAAAUCAACCGCAAAAUCCCGGCGAAAACGAUUCCUUCAUCUCCGCCUCAACACCCAGCAACAGCGAAACCACCACCACGACUACCGGUCAUUUUUUAGGCGAAACGACGUUUCAUUUGAUUAGAUCAGAACGAUCAAAUGGAACGUCGUUAAUCGGAAUGGAUCUUUCUGAGAACGACCCAACGACAACAACGACAACAACAACGACGACGACGACCGGCGGUAGUGUUACGGAAGACGAAGACCGGCGUAACAUGGACACGUUGCUGGAACGGGCGGCCGCUGCCUCGAUGUUCACCAAGUGUGCCGUCGGUCAGUUCGAGUGCACCAACGGUACCUCGAUCAAGGACGGUAGCUCCUGCAUCCAGAAAUCCGAACGCUGCGACUCGGUGUCCCACUGUUCGGACAACUCGGACGAGCAGGACUGCGAGCGGCUCGGUUGUCCGGGUCACUUCCAGUGCCAGGAUGGGGUGUGUCUCGCUCGGUUGCACGUGUGCGACGGUAUCGCGCACUGUCACGAUGGUUCGGAUGAGCAGCAGUGUGACGAGUGGCAGUGUAACUUUGAUGAAAUCUCCUGCAAUCCGGCCACCGGUAAGGGCCCCUGCCUGCCGGCACUCUGGAAGUGCGAUGGGCUGGAACAGUGUGCCAAUGGGUUCGACGAGAGUAACUGUCCGGAUACGUGCACCAACGAUGAGUACUUCUGUGCCGGGCAGCGCAAGUGCAUCCCGGAAGCGUGGCGCUGUGAUGGGACGUCGGACUGUAGCGAUGGAGAGGACGAACGAUUGUGCGAUUGCUCGCUGGAUGAUAGCUUCAAGUGUAAUACGGGGGGUUGUGUGGCCGCUGCGUUCGUCUGCGAUGGUCAUCCGCAGUGUCCGGAUCAGUCGGAUGAGUGGAACUGCCAGCAGCUGGAUGCAGGAGAUGAAGGAACGCUGCGCGUGAAACGCAACUCUACUGCUGCCCUGGCCGUAUGCGGUGAUGGGUGGAAUGGUAAGCUGGCCGAUUUGGUGUGCGGUGAGCUGGGGUACGUUGGCGCUACCAAAAUCACGUUCACGAGCGUCAGUAAUCGAUCGGAAGGGUACAGCAUGUACCGGGUUACCGAGAAGGAUCGGCUAGCGUUUGAGAUGAUUGAUUCGGUGCAGUGCCAGAAGGGGCUUCAGCUGCAGUGUGAAGAGUAUCAUUGUGGUCGCAAAGCCAUUGAAUCUUCGCUGGAGCAACGUAUAGCCGGUGGUUCUAUUUCGGAUCAGAGCCAAUGGCCAAGCUUGGCGCUUGCUUUCAGCAACAAUGCGGCCAUCAAAUGUACAGCCAAUAUUGUAUCACCGCGCUGGGCACUCACUAGCUACACGUGCAUUAUGGGCAAGACGGAGUUCGUGAACAAUCGUAACGUUGGUGAGAUGAAGUGGAAGCUGUUUGCAGGAAAGUCAGUGUUUUCCACUUCACUGGAGCAGCUUGCAACACCGCACAUCGAUCCUACGCUACAGGUUGUGGACGUGAAACGGGUCGUGCCUUAUCCUCAGUCCAAGUACAAGCAGUUUAUGUACACCGGCGAUUUGGUGCUGCUGGAGCUGGACAGCCCCCUGAAACUGAACGAAGUGGUUGGCAGUGUGUGCCUCACGGAGACACCCGCCACCAUUGAUCCGGAGCGCCUGUGCGUUACCGCUGGAUGGGGAUCCGAUCUCGAGCAUACGGCUGCAACGGAGCAGUACCUCAAGUAUCUACCCGUCCCGAACGUGCCAACGGAUCGUUGUAACUCCUCCAUCCACUACAACGGUGCACUUCCUGAAAACACCAUCUGUGCAGGGUAUCUGAACAGCAACAUGACGACUUGCUAUAACGAUGAAGGUGCACCACUGAUGUGCUACGUCGACGGUACCGGCCAGUGGCAGCUGGAAGGUGUGCUCAGUUACCAUGGCAACUGUGGUAAGCGACCACACCCGGCCAUCUACAAUUCCAUUACCUCAACCAUUGCCACCUGGAUCCGCAAUACGGUCGGUAAUGGCCGUAUGUUCGAGCAGACGAUACUCACAACGGCCUCCACAACUGAAACCUCGCCGGCUAGUUCCACUUUCUCGAUGCCGAUUGACAACUCAACCUCAACGAUUGCCCCAUCCCCUGCACAACAACCGACGACCGUGGAGCCACGGAUGGAAAGCACAGUCACGCCAUCUGCAACUAACUCUGAGACACCGACCACGACGACGACGACGACGACGACGACGACGGCACCGACGACAAAGUCCACCGUUGCACGAUAGAAAAGUAGGCGCAGGCCUGCACACCGCGAGCAAGCCUUUUUUUUGUAAAUAAUGAUUAUCCUACCAAUAUACAGCACGCCGGAAAAACACUAGGAACACGCCUAACGUAGAGAAUCGUCUGUAAUAGGGAGCCGAGUGGGAUCAUGAGGAAUAUAUAGCAGAAAGGAGCAAGGGCGGUGGCUCGGAAUACUAACACUGCAUAGAUUGUACGAAAUUGUACGUCCUCCACGGGACGGGAGUGGAAUCGAAGCAGCAAAACGAAAACGAACAGAAAGGAAGAGAAUCCUAGUCACAAAAGUCGUAUACAUUUUGUGCCAACUAAGCCAGCGAGCAAGAGAGCAAUCGCGCACGCACGUACGCACGCAGUGAGCUGCUACUGCGAUGCGUCUGAAUGGUUCAACCGAUCCGAGGAUCACAGGGUAACCCCGAUGGCAAUAGAUCACUAGAUGAGCGGUAGCCAGUCAGCCAGCGAGAUGUACAGCAUUGGGAGAUUUUUUCCCAUUUCCAUUUUAUCAUAUUUUUCUUCACUAAAACGCACUCAAGCCCCCGUACGAAGGUACAGUUUGAGGGCUAAAAAUUGAAAAUGGCGGAUAAAAUGUGGAAACUCACAGUUAUUGCCACACAUGCGGAAUAUCACGUAGACGACUGAAGGAAGGGGCAGUAGAUCGUAGUGAGGGUGAGGAUAUCGAUUAAACCGAUAAGCAUGAUGGCUUGUUCGGCGACACCACAACAACAUUUUUAGCAUGGGGUUUUAUAGUGAUUUUUAUAUCGAGUGUGUUUCUACUCAAUCGUCAUCCAAGUUACAUUGUAUAGCGCGUGGCACUACGGUAGAGAUGGAUGAUGGAACACGGAUGGUUUGAUGCCGUGUGGAUAGAAUAAAACUCAUCAGCGAUCCACGACGGUAUUCACACUCAUCUCGUUUCGUCGUGCAGAGCAGUUUGUUUGUAUGUAAUUAAUAAAAUGAAGAUAAUAUGCUUAGGAAU